AGAGCGCGCGCGGGACCUGCAGCAGCCGGAGCCGGAGCCGGGCGCGCAGGGGCGGCGCAGCGCCGGGAUGGCCGUGGCCGUGGCGGUGGGGAGACCCGCGAAUGACGAGCUUCGAAACCUGUCCCUUUCCGGUCAUGUGGGCUUUGACAGUCUUCCAGAUCAGCUGGUCAACAAAUCAACCUCUCAAGGGUUCUGCUUCAACAUUCUUUGUGUUGGUGAAACUGGCAUUGGCAAGUCAACCUUAAUGGACACUCUGUUUAACACAAAGUUUGAAAGUGACCCAGCCACCCACAAUGAGCCCGGCGUGAGGUUGAAAGCAAGAAGCUAUGAACUCCAGGAGAGCAAUGUCCGUCUGAAGCUGACCAUUGUUGACACAGUUGGAUUUGGAGAUCAGAUUAAUAAAGAUGACAGCUAUAAGCCCAUAGUCGAAUAUAUCGACACUCAGUUUGAAGCCUAUCUGCAGGAGGAGCUGAAGAUCAAGCGUUCCCUGUUUAAUUACCAUGACACAAGGAUUCACGCCUGCCUAUAUUUCAUCGCACCUACGGGACACUCACUGAAGUCUCUAGACCUGGUCACCAUGAAGAAGCUCGACAGUAAGGUUAACAUUAUCCCUAUAAUAGCCAAAGCUGAUACGAUUGCAAAAAACGAGUUGCAUAAAUUCAAGAGUAAAAUCAUGAGCGAGCUGGUCAGCAAUGGUGUCCAGAUCUAUCAGUUCCCAACAGAUGAAGAGACAGUGGCUGAGAUAAAUGCUACGAUGAGCGUCCAUCUUCCAUUUGCUGUUGUUGGCAGUACUGAAGAAGUGAAGAUUGGCAAUAAGAUGAGCAAGGCCAGGCAGUAUCCGUGGGGGGUUGUUCAGGUUGAAAAUGAAAACCAUUGUGACUUUGUGAAGCUGCGUGAGAUGCUGAUCCGAGUGAACAUGGAGGAUUUGAGAGAGCAGACGCACACCCGGCACUAUGAGUUGUACAGGCGCUGUAAGCUAGAAGAAAUGGGAUUCAAAGACACUGACCCUGAUAGUAAACCAUUCAGUCUCCAAGAGACCUAUGAAGCGAAGAGGAAUGAAUUCCUGGGUGAGCUGCAGAAGAAGGAGGAAGAAAUGAGACAGAUGUUCGUCAUGAGAGUGAAGGAGAAAGAAGCAGAGUUGAAAGAAGCGGAGAAAGAUCUCCAUGAAAAGUUUGACCAUCUCAAGCGGACACACCAAGAGGAGAAGAAAAAAGUGGAGGACAAAAAGAAGGAGCUUGAGGAGGAGCUGAGCAACUUCCAGAAGAAGAAGGCAGCCGCUCAGCUACUGCAGUCACAGGCACAACAGGCCGGUUCCCAACAAACCAAGAAAGACAAGGACAAGAAAAAUGCAAGCUUCACAUAAAGCCUGGCAAGCCAAGGAUGUUCCUGCAUUCACCUGCUUUUGCAGUAACGUGUCUCUGCCAUCUGUUUGGUUUUUGUUUUUGUUUUAAACACCAAUAACUAUUAACUCAUUUAAUACUGGAGUGGGUGGGAGAAAGGUGGGUGAAGCAGUGAGCAUCUGGAAAUUGAGGCGGGGCAGGGGGGUUGUUUUUGUUUGAAAAGUUGAUGCCAUUUCUCUCUCUGGUAAGAACAGCAGCAAUAGAUCAGACCUGCCACUUGGCUUUGAAUUGAGAGCAAGACUUGUGCGUCAGUGGCUUGAUCCUAGGCCACUUAAAGACAUUGGAAGGGUUUCAGGAUAAGGCCUUAAAUGCUGCUGUUACUCGUUUGCACACACUGCUCUCAACAGGCCAAACUGAUUCCCCUUACUUGCACUGAAUAGCACAUGUACUCCCAUGGAAAUCUGUGAGUUACUAUUCAGUGGGAAUAAGAUCAGUGCAAACUUAGCCAGAGUCUCCCCAGUGUAUUGCUAAACCCAGAAGUCCACUUAAAUGAGUUUCUUUGAUAGCUGACUUGUAAGACUGUAGAAAUCCCAUUGUUAGGUUUUUGUGUGUGUAGGUAACAAAAGAGCAACUGACCUUGCAUGCUUAUUCUUGCAUGAGUUUUUUACCUUAUGGAUAAUGACUUUUGGCCUGGCUUUUUGUUGUUCACCCAACAGGUUAAAUAUUUUUGCAAUAACUCUUCUCUAGUAAGUGUUGUGGCUAACCACUAAAAACUGUGCAGUGUGCAUCAAAAGGAGCUGCAAAUUCCCAGGACAGGAGGUUUCUCCCCUCUAUUGCUUUGAAAUCAAGAGUCCUUCAUCAUCAAAAACUAACCUGCUGACCGAAACUCAUCCCAAAACUUGAAUACACUUUCCACAGAUUGCCUGAGUAGAAGAGUCAUCCAGCAAACACAUAAGCACAAGCGUAACUUUACUCAUGUGAUAUAGUUCAGUUGACUUUAGUAGGAGUCCUCACGGGAGUAAAUGUUUGCACAUGCUUAUGUGGUUGCAGGAUCAGUCUUGGAACAUAGUGUCUUUUGUUGGUAAGUGCCAGUGAACCAUUAAAGGAGUUAGUUAAACUCCAUUAACUUCAAUUACUCUGGGCUCCUAAACUGGAGAGAGAAUAUGGCUGUUCACUCUCUUUACUGGGCUAAGAUGUAGCUUAUCUUGCUUGACAAAGGCAUAAUAAAGGUAACAUCAAUGCACUGAUCAGCUUUGCGCAGCCAGCUAAGGCUUGGGAUGCAAACGAUAGUUUGCAUUAACAAACGGUGACUGAACAUCUAGCAUAAGCCAGGCUCUUUUUUUAGGGCGUACUUGGUGUGAAAAUUGACCUAACUGUUUAAUUUGUAUUUUCUGUGCCAUUCCUUUUCGGACAGAGUCUUUUCCUUUCUGAUUCAUUCCAAGAAGUGGCGACCCAUGUUUACCCUAUGACUUCUGGAUUUCUUUCUCUACUGCUGAUGUUCUGCCAGCUUUCCCUCUGCUCCUAGCUAGGUAGUCUCCUGUUUCUUUCUUUAAAGCGCUCUUGAAAUUAACCGUCUUCACCUGAUUCCCCCACACUCCAACUUUGCUUGUUUCUACCCAAGCACAGGGGUUGUGUAACUACAUUCACAAAGGCAGGUUUGUGGGGGGUGGUUUUGUUGCCUCUCCCCUCCCCCCGUGUAAACAUGGCUCUUAGGGGAGGGGAAAGGGUGGCUGGACAAACUGCAUAAAUUUAAGCAGAGGAAAAGCAGGGAAGAAACUAUUUUGAAAUUCAAGCUAAGUUGUCAUGUGAACAUCCCCAUCAUUGGAAGGACUGACAGUUGCAGUAGCCAGGUUUAAAUAGCAGUAAAAAUCAGAGAUCCUUGCAGUUUUGCUUCAGCUUAACCUUACAAACUCACUUGGUAUUGAACACAUGAAACCAGUUUCCUAACCAUGGGCUGCAUUUGAUCGUGCAAUAUGCUCAAGUUUGAAGCUUGUGUAGUGUGCUUCCAUCAGCUGUGUCUGUGUGUGUCCUAUUUUUAAUUAACACAGGUGGGGGCGGGGGAGGGUUGUGCCAAGUAAGAGAACUUAAUUUUAACAUUCGUUUCUCCUGCUCAGUUUAAAAACCCUUUCAAGGGAAGCUUGGCAGAGAAAAUUAGCUGAGACUAGGUGGUUUUUAUUUUGGACACAAAACUGUUGCCAAAUGUAUUAAAUGCUGGGGGGAGGGAUUGGUUUGUUUCCCUUUUUAGCAAAGAACCAUCAUUUUGGAGAAGCUGGGAAUAAAAUUUAAACUUGCAAUUUUAUUUUAUUUUUUUUGCCUAAUGGCGCACUAACUUUUAAAAGUCCCUGGGCCAUGUUUAGCUUGUUACUGCUGCACUUCUUUCCUUUCUGUAUCUAUGCCUUUUUCACAGUAGUCCCUGGCUCUGCACGGAAUAAGGGAUACCCUCAAAUCUAGUUGGAUGUGCUUUUUCACCUUUGCAUGUAAGUACAGCAGCAAGAGACCUCUCUGCCCACUUUUGAAAUGAACGAACGUUGACUUUUCUACAAAUGGCAAAGCUGAGGGUUCUUUAAAAACUUUUACUAAACAAUAACCAUCUUCAGCUGGGAUUUUCAAAGGGACCAAAGGGAGUUGGGCACCAGCUCCUAUUGGCUAUUAGGGACCCCAACUCAUUUGAAAAUCCCAGCUUAAGGUAGCAUUAGCUUUUUCAUGACAGCUAUGUAACCCUAACUCUGGCUUGUGAGGAUCUGCAAAGGGUAGGAUGUUUAAACAGCAAUGACUAGUCACUGAUAAUGCUGCAUUUACCGGAGGUGCUGGGAUGUCCAUUUUUAGGCUGUUAUAAAUGAGCAGGAACAAACAAUGGAGCAUGCAGAUCUAUGCAUUGAAGCACUCCCUGGAUGUGGAAUAAAACCCCUAGGCAAAGUCUGAAUGAGACACUGGCCACUGGGGAAGACUGAUACUUGUUCCAAAAGGCGCUGCUGUGAGUACUGGGGGUUGACUUUCAAAAGCACAGAUUAGGCAUCUUAUUUCCACUGACUUGACAUCUCCUUGGUUAUAAAGGGGUCGUUGUUCAAGAGUGCUCAGUAUUGCCCUCACUGCUGCUCUUUAAAUCCUUGGGGAAACUCCCCUUGAUGUUUCAAGGAGUAGAGUUAGAGUUAGGCCAACACCGAGGGCUCUGGAAAAUCCCACCCUGUGUAUAAUAUUUUAUCUAAGAAUGAGGUAAAUAGUGUGCCCUUUCUUCCCCUGGGCCUUGGGACUGUGGUUAUCCUCAGUGGUAACUAUGGCUACCUGAGUACUUCCAAUAAUCCAUGUCGUCUUUCAGUAUAGAGUGACAUGUCAUGUUUUGUGGCUGAUGGGAAAGGGGGAAUUACAAGGUAUUCCACUCAGUGGCAUCUCCAACAGCUAGUAAAAACUGGCCAUGGUUCUGAUCUGCAGACUGCAUCCACUCAGCUGCCAAGCCAGACUCUGUGUUCCUAGCUAUGGGCUACUGGGAGUUUUCUUAAAUACAAGAUCACUUAUCCUUUUGCUGCCUUGUAUGUGUUACCUGCUUAUAACCCUGUCAAGACGACUUUUGUAUUUGUGUCUUUUAAACAAAAAAACAAAACCUUUAUUUUAUUUAACACAAUCAGUGGGGGUUUUUUUCCAAGUAGUUCUCAUUCUACUUUUAAACUGUUGUGAUGAAAACCAGCAAGGUCUUGUGUGGGUUAUCAGAUCUGUCCAUUUGAAUCAUGUUGUGAUUUGCCAGUCUCAAGCUGUUCCUAACAGCUUAUUCCUGUCGCAUCCUUUCUCCAAGGAGCCCAACUGCAUUUACAGUAUAGAUCAUCUAGAAGGGCCAGGGUGUGACAGCAUGGGAUUAUACAAAUAUGAAGGGUGUUUUUUUUAAACUAACUGAAAAUAAAGCUGUGAACAGCAGUAGGAAUAUUUUUAAAUAUAUGCUGAUGGCCUUUAAACUAGAGGUGUAGAACAUUACUACCUUGCUCUUUGAAAAUAACCCAUGUUUUUGUCCAAAUGACUGUAUACCUCCAACCACUGUUAAUGCAGAAGUAUAUAUGUAUGACUCUUAGAUGUCUUAUUGAUGUCAAAAUAUUUCAUUUCUGAAGUUCAAAAUGAAUCAUAGCCUUCCGCCACAGUUCAGUUCCUUUUUUUGUAUGUGCUCUGGGGUGCACAUGUGAAUUUGUGCCAACACACAACGCGGGAAAAGGGAAAUAUAUUUUUACCCAAACA